CACGUUGUGUACACUGGUACGGCGGGCGGCCUGACCCCCCACGAACCGGCGACUUCCUCUUUUUCAGAUUUCAUGGCGAUCGGGAGAGAGGGAAGACCACCGACGCACACACACUGUCUCAAUCCAACCGAAAUACAUUUAUUGGGUGAGAUCUAAGCAGACAGACACUGAGCGGAUUCUCCUGCUGGUGUUGCUCAGUGGGCAGUAGUGGUUUCUAGUGCUGGUGUUCUGUUGAAGGGGCUCCUUAGCGCUCUGUGCUGUUGUCUUGCUGUGUCCUGGGUUAGGACUGCCAGCCUAUGGCUCUAAUGGACAAACACAAAGUAAAGCGACAAAGACUCGACCGCAUUUGUGAGGGCAUCCGCCCCCCCAUCCUGAACGGGCCCAUGCACCCUCGGCCCCUGGUGGCCCUGCUGGACGGGCGUGACUGCACCAUAGAGAUGCCCAUCCUCAAGGACGUGGCCACUGUGGCCUUCUGUGAUGCCCAGUCCACCCAGGAGAUACACGAGAAGGUGCUGAACGAGGCAGUGGGGGCUCUGCUCUACCACACCAUCACUCUCUCCAGAGACGACCUGGAUAAGUUCAAAGGCCUCCGAGUCAUCGUCAGGAUCGGCAGUGGCUUCGACAACGUCGACAUCAAAGCUGCAGCUGAGCUGGGCAUCGCAGUGUGUAACGUGCCAGCGUGCUCGGUGGAGGAGACGGCCGACACGUCCAUGUGUCUGAUCCUGAACCUGUACCGCCGCGUCACCUGGAUGCAUCAGGCCCUGAGGGAGGGCACCAGGGCCUCCAGCGUGGAGCAGAUCAGGGAAGUGGCCGGGGGAGCUGCCCGCAUCCGGGGGGAGACGCUGGGCAUCAUCGGCCUGGGUCGUGUGGGCCAGGCGGUGGCUCUGCGGGCCAAGGCGUUUGGUUUCGGGGUGAUCUUCUACGACCCCUACCUACCCGACGGCGUGGAACGCUCCCUGGGCCUGCAGAGGAUGGCUACCCUCCAAGACCUGCUCAUCCACUCUGACUGUGUCUCUCUACACUGCAGCCUCAACGAACACAACCACCACCUCAUCAACGACUUCACCAUCAAACAGAUGCGUCAGGGAGCGUUCCUGGUGAACUCUGCGCGGGGAGGGCUGGUGGAUGAGAAGGCUCUGGCUCAGGCCCUGAAGGAAGGACGGAUACGAGGAGCCGCACUGGACGUCCACGAGACAGAGCCCUUCAGUUUCUCCCAGGGCCCUCUGAAGGAUGCUCCCAACCUCAUCUGUACCCCCCACACGUCCUGGUACAGUGAGCAGGCCUCCAUCGAGGCCAGAGAGGAGGCAGCCAGGGAGGUGCGCCGUGCCAUCACUGGGCGUAUCCCAGACAGUCUGAAGAACUGUGUGAAUAAGGAGUAUCUGAUGGCAGCGUCCCAGUGGCCCAGUAUGGAGGCUGCGACAGUCCACCCUGAACUCAACGGAGGCGGUGCAUACAGGUUUCCUGUGGGUCUGAUCAGCGUGGCAGCAGGGGGUCUGACGGGGGCGGGAGCAGGGGUAGAGGCCCUGGCUCACGCCAUCGCCCCUGUGUCCCAUCCCCCCCACACCUCAUCGCCAGGGCAACCCAACAAGGCGGAGGCAGACAGAGACAUCCCUUCCGACCAAUAGCACCCCAACAUUCCUCCGUCACCCCUGGAAACCAACAACCUCACCCUCUCCUCCCACCAUCAUCGCCACCAACCCUCUUCUCUGACCUCAGGCAGAUUGACACUGGGGUCCCGGUUCGAUCUGGAUCUGUUCAAGCUCCGGCCCUUCAGAACACAGUACCAGCCCAGGAGUGACCUGCCCGUCCACAAAAUCCACCUCCGUAACCCUUCCUCGGACCCCCUCAACGCCCCCCCCCCCUCGGACCCCUAUCUCCCCCUCUAUCCAUAUUUCCCCCACACCAACAAACCUUCAGCAAUAACUCUCUUCUCAAGUAUUCAAUUGGAUUGGCAUUUUAUUAUUUUUUCUUUUUUUUGGAGGAAAAACAAAACAUUUUGUUUUGAGUAGCAUUUCUGCAGCGAAGCUGGACUGUGAGUCUGGCUGUUGUGAUCAGUGAGAGAGGCGUGUAGGGUUGGCCUGGUGUACAUUAGUGGCUAUCUGAUGUUACUGCUAUCUUUUCUCUUUCUCUUACGCCUCUCUCUCAUUUUAGAAAAUGUGUACAAAAGUAAGACAGACACAACACAACAUCGGGCUUCUAUUGGCCCGAUAAUUCCUAGCCUGAUCCCAGAUCUGUAUCUAGCUAGCUUUAGCCAAGUCAGCUAAAGCACAUACAGAUCUGGGACCAGGCUACCUGAUUCCCUGUCUGUUGGCUAGUGUAGGGAUGAAUAUUGUCAGUGUAGAGCUGAAACCUUAACAUUACCUCUCCUCUGCCGCUACUUGGCUGUGUUAAACCCUGUUUCUUCUCCUUAAAAUGGUGAACCCUCUCCGUUGGCAGGCGACAAUUCUCUUCCUUGCUUUUACGUCCCGUUUUGAUGAUGUAAUGGCCGAGCUCCUUUGUUCCAACGCCAGUCACUUCCUGUUGGAAGGUCAGAUGGAUGGCAUCCAAAGGACAUGUUGUGCUCUGGGUCGACACUCUACAGGCCCUUGCCCACGACGUGGUCUUAAACUCGGCAACAGUUAUGUGAAACAUUUAUUCUGUAAAGGCUGUCCUCUGAAACGGUGUGUCGCUUCAAGAUCACGUGAGAACAGUUUCCUAUUUUCAUUGUGGCUUUUCAC